CGAAGAAGCACAAACCCCUCCGCUGGGUUUCGUCACCAUCAAUCGCCAGGAGGAAAUACAUAAAAAAUUAGUGCAGCUUUAGCAGCAUAUUCGCAAGUUCGUAUUCUGUGGAAAUGGAGCAAUCUUGCAACAUUCUGGUAAUUUGGAGAGGCAAGCAGUUCGAUGUAAAUGUCAACCCAGAUUCUAAUGUCAAGGAGUUUGGGCAGAAACUUCAGGAAUUGACUAAUGUCAGACCUGAUACUAUGAGACUUUUUGUUCCACAAAAGAAUAACAAAGGUUCAAAAAUGCUCAGCCCAUUUUCUGAUGUUCACUCGAUGUUAGGCUUGCGAGAAUCAGCAAUCCUUGAGGGAAAGACUAUCAAGAUGAUGGGUGUUUUUAGUGAUGAGGUCGAUGAGGUUUCUCAUAACAGUAAUAAACCUGACCUAAGGAUAGCUGGUUUUGCUGAAGAGGAACAGAGAUUGAGACAGAGAAUGAUAUAUAGGCCUCAAGCUUCUCUGAAACUUCCACAAGGAACCUACAUUUUCUGUGAAUUUCGCACACUUCAGAUUCCAGGAAUUGAGUUGAACCCUCCACCAUCUGAGGCUCUGAGAAGAAUGCACAUGCUUGCCUGUGAUCCUGGAAUUAUUGCUAUCAUGAAUAAGCAUCGGUGGCGGGUUGGUAUUAUGAGUGAAAUGGCACCUGAGGGGUAUGUAGGAAUAAGUCCAAAAUGCAUUCUUGGAUUUAAUAAGAAUCAUGGGGAAGAGAUAUGCCUUCGAUUGCGUACAGAUGAUCUUCAAGGAUUUAGAAAAUAUGAAAGCAUCAAAAGAACACUUUUACAUGAACUUGCCCACAUGGUGUACUCCGAACAUGAUUCUAAUUUCUUUGCUUUAAACAAGCAGUUAAAUGAAGAAGCCGCUAGCCUAGACUGGACAAAAUCAACAAGUCACACAUUGAACGGUCGCAAAUACCUUGAUCAUUAUGAAGAGGAGGAUUAUGUCGAACUGAGUAGCAAGAAUAGUGGUCAAAAGCUUGGGGGUGCAACAAAUUCAUUAGUUUCUGCACGUGCAUCAUCGAUUGCUGCUGCCUAUAACCGAAUGGCAAAUGCUUCUAUCUACGACCACAUGCCUGUUAAAUCCAAGGAACCUGAUCCUGAUGAUAGCCAGCUGAUGGAUGAUCAGGGAAAAUUUUCUGAACCUGACCCAGAUGAUAUGGUGACUUCAGAGAAUGAUGCCAUGCUUGUGGAUAUGGUUAUGGAUGCCAGGAGACCCUUUUCGAAAUCAUCAAUGCUUGAUAUGCUUGAUGAGCUUGACCCUGAUGAUUCCUUGGACCAUAAGAACAUGUCUGAGCCUGACCCCGAAAAUUCCUUGGAUAAUAAGAACAUUUCUGAACCUGACCCUGAUGAUUCCUUGGAUAAUAAGGACAUUUCUGAACCUGACCCUGAUGAUUCCUUUAAUAAAAAGAACGAGUCUGAACCUGACCCCUAUGAUUGCUUGGAUAGUAAGAACAUGUCUGAACCUGAUCCUGAUGAUUCCCAUGCUAGAGGAUUGAUAGUGUCUAGAAGUGAACCUGAUCCAGAUGAUACCUUAGGUGGUGAAGAUAUUAAAUUAGCCAAGGAGACUGAUUCAACAGGUACCAGGUCAAACAAGGUAGACACAAGCAAUCCAAGAGAUUCUGAACCUGAUCCUGAUGAUUCUUUGAAUAAUGUACUCUUGGAUGCACAAAUGGAAGAAAUGCAUCUGGGAAAACACUGUAGAGAGCCUGAUAUGGAUGGCUUUGUUAAAGAUAUGGUUUUGGGAGAUUAUGAGAGGUUGCAACAAAGUGCUGAAGGGCCACUGGCGACUGAAAAUUCGAUGGCAGUUGACCAUGUCAAUGAUUUGGACAAUCAAGAGCUACAAAGAAUUGAAGAACCUGCUGCUCUUUUUUGUUCCCGUCUCCAGAGAGCCAUUGAUAUCCUACGAUCAGAAGCAACACCUUUGCAGGCCACCUCAGUUCUUCAAACACUUUUCAGGAUUAUCAGGAACGUAAUAGAACAUCCAGAUGAGGUCAAGUUCAGAAGACUGAGAAAGGCCAAUCCCCAGUUCCAGAGGAAUGUGGCAAAUUAUAAAGCUGCGAUGGAGGUUCUCACUUUGGUCGGCUUCUGUGAGGAUGUCAUAUCUGAUGAGAUCGGCAGAGCCGAGACAUUCUUGGUGUUGAAAAGAAAUGAUCCUGGCUUGCUGUGGCUUGCAAAAUCUUCUCUCGAGCUGUCUAUAACUUAGUGCCAACUAUAACACAACUAUAUCAAAUGAUUUGUUUGUACUUAUCAUGUGUGCAAAUGAUUGGUAAAGGUGAUGUCCAACUACCAACUGCUACUAGGAGUAUACAAUGAUUCCAACCACAUACAAGGAAGACGUGUAAACAAAGGAUGAUGUGCUGGAUACUAUGUUGUUCUAUAGGGGACUAUUGGCUGAUUAAUAAAAUGUGAAUAAAAAAGCUCAGUAAUUAUAUUACAUAAUUGUUUAUCAAA